AUAAUGCACUGCCGCUUGACGUCAUAUUUAAAUAUAGCCGAUCCCAGUGAUUCGAAAUACGAAAAAAAACUAAAAGAUUCGCAUUACCAUGCAGUAGUCAGCAAUACAUAAUUCACUGAAUUAUUAUCAUUUUAAUAUGGUCGAUCUUCGAGAUACGCUUACAUAGUGGGGCACGACGGUGAAUGUGGAGUUUUGUUUCAGUUAAGGAUAAGCAGUUGCCGACUCUUGUUGCUUAUUACUGUAAUGCGACCACGAAUAGUGUGAUUUCGGCUUAUAAUAUCCGAGUCACCAUGUACUCUUUAAUCGGUAGAUAUAUUUCCCGAGUCAACCAAAAAUAUAACACCCGGAGUUGUGUUAUGGCCAUCAGACAGACUGUACAUGAUAAAUCUAUUAACGAUAUGGCGCAUCCAAAAUGCUUACCUUUGCUCGGAACUAAAUUAGAUUUAAUGCUAGCAGGCGGUGGAACAAUGUUGCACGAAUAUAUUGACAAGAGACACAAAGAACUAGGACCCGUUUUUUACGAAAAAUUAGGAUGUAACACGAAACUAGUUUUCAUUAGCGAUCCGCUUAUGAUAAAGACAGUGUUUCUAAGCCUUGAAGGAAAAUAUCCUAUGCAUAUAUUACCCGAACCGUGGGUUUUGUAUGAAAAACUUUAUGGCUCCAAGCGAGGUCUCUUCUUCAUGAACAGUGAAGAAUGGUUAGCAAAUCGCCGAAUAAUGAACCAACAUUUACUCCGAGAGGGUUCUAUUGAAUGGUUAGAAGAUCCUAUUAAAACUACAGUCAAAAAGUUUGUCCACGCUUGGAAAGGAAAAAUCGAAAAAGGACGUACACGAGUGAAUCUAGAAUCUGACAUGUACCGACUGUCGACAGAAGUUAUAAUAGCUAUACUUGCUGGUCCAUCAUCGAAUGGUGUCAAACAUUCAGAAGAGAUGUUUUCCAACUUCUCAGAGACCGUAAAACAGAUAUUUCAAACCACAACCAAAUUGUAUGGUUUGCCAUUAAAUAUCUGUCAACGUUUAAAUUUGAAAGUAUGGAGAAAUUUCAAGGAAUCUGUAGAUGCGUCGCUUCAUUUGGCACAGAGUCUGGUAUCAGAAAUGAUAACCAAAAGAGAAGAAGGCGACGGUCUUAUACAAAAACUUCUCAAAGAUGGAGUAAACGAAGAAACAAUAGUACAAUUAGCUGCAGAUUUCAUAUUAGCUGCUGGUGAUACGACUGCUUAUACCUCAAUUUGGAGCCUAUAUCUGAUUUCACAAGACGAUAGUGUUAAACACGAAAUACGCACAAGAGAUGUAGGAUACGUGAAAAAUGUGCUGAAAGAGUCUAUGCGACUUUAUCCAGUAGCUCCAUUUUUGACAAGAAUUUUGCCAAAAGAUUGUAUCCUCGGCGAAUACAAACUAAAUUUGCAUACCCCAAUAAUAGCAUCAAUUUACACCUCUGGACGAGACGAGCAGUACUUUACCAAAGCAAAUAUGUUUUUACCUUUCCGCUGGGACAGAAAUGAUCCAAGAAGGAAAAAUCUUGCCAACCACAAACCUUCAGCAACAUUGCCCUUCGCGCUCGGCGCCAGGUCGUGUAUAGGCAAGAAGUUGGCAACGAUGCAACUAACAGAGUUCCUGAGUCAGAUCGUAAACAACUUUGAUUUCAAGUGUACAAAUAGUGGAAAAGUGUUCCCAGUCACUUCGCAGGUUCUUGUGCCCAAUGAACCUAUUCAACUGACUAUAUCACAUAGGAAUAUUUGAAGAAAAUUGAUAGGUAAAAACUUUUAUUUAAUUAUAUUUUUCAAUUAUUAUAAUGAAAUUAACACAAUUGAUAACCCCUCUUAUCUCUAAGUCAAUACAUUAAUGUGUAAAAUAUUUUUUUUAAGUUACAAUACACAAGAUGCAAAUAUACAUGUAUGAAUAAUUAUUUCGUAAAACCAACUGCAACAAUUCUUGUGUCAUUCUUAAGAGACAGGGAUCUUAGUGUGUGGCAGGCACUUAAAAUAUUACUAAUAAUGCCUUUAUUCAAAGCGUUUUUCGUUUUCUAUGAUCCCAUAUCGCGGAGAAUGACACAUAAGGGACGUGAUACUACACGGUAAAGCCACCCUUGUUUGCCCUAGUCUAAUCUUAAUGAUAUCAAAGAGAAUUUGAAAUAGAGAGUUACUGUCAUGGUAAAUUAUGUAGCUACAGUACAUUUACUGCCAUCUUUCGACUGACGAUUAAAACUGUUAGAUCGCCAUUUGACUUUUAUCAUUAUUCUUUCACUGAUAAUUAUGUGUUAACUUGUUAAAUAUUAAUAUUAACGCCAUCUACACGAGAGUAGGCUGAAGGUUAUGACGCCAUCGCUCGAAAAGAUUGCACCAUACCUUUGGCCCAUAGUCGAGUAGAUGGCGUUAAUAUUAAUAUUUAAUAAGUUAACACAUAUCAGUGAAAGAAUAAGGAUCAAAGUCGAAUAGCGUUCUAACAGUUUUAUGUUCUGUCGAAAGAUGGCAGUAAAUUUACAGUGGCUACAUAAUCUACUUUGACAAUUCGUCUCUAUACACUCUAUUCUCUUUGAUGAUAUGAUAUAAUUUUCUAUAGAAUUCUACAGGGCCGUGCGCGUUGGAGGGUCUGCCGUCUUAUAGCCUGAAUCGGAAACAUAAACUAUACUCUGACACGCCAAAGCAAGUGCUGCCCUCUACGGUUGACGUACGUUUUCUUGUGCAUUGUAGGUUCAAUAUCUUGUGGGCAAUACAUUGGAAGGAUAAACUUGACAUUUACACUUCGCGCCAAUAAACAGGGGGCUCCUGUGCUGCCCCUUAAUACCGCUCCCUAUACCAAUUUUAAAACAUUUUCAUAUCUUAAGAUAAUUGUAUUGUAAUUUGUAAGAUAUAGUGGUGAUGAUGAUACUUUUACAAAAGGAGUAUCUAUUUGUAAAACUAUUGUGGCAAAUACUUCUGGCGUUUUAGCUAUCUUUGACCAACUGUCCUUUGGCCACCACAGCUGGCUAUAGCCGACAAAGGUUAGGUUACAGUCGUUAGAGACACAAGAGAUCCUGUAUUUUUAAAAGGGAUACAAUAUUUUUAGAAUGUUCCCACUUUAAAGUUGAGGUGGCCUAGCCGGGUGGUAUCACACUUAACAGAUACUGAGAGUGUCCGUUGCAUACAUAAGUAGUGAUGUAAACGAGUAUGUGAUAUAAAUAUUAUGGCGUUCCAUGCAAAGGAAUGUAUAAAAUAAUAUUUCAUUUAUAGUCCGUCUAUGUCAAGUCAUAAUUAAGUCACUGCAGGCUUGACUUAGAUGAACUCUAUUUACA